CACAACUGGAACUGUCCUCGCGCCGGCUGGAGCUCGUGAGAUACCCUCCACCCCCCCUAUCAUCUUCCAAUAACAACGACAAAAGCAGCGGACUAUCUUAUUCAGAUGUUGGUGGAGAAAAAAAACGAAGAAGUGAGCGUCAUGGAAGGGCGGGCCGCCACCUGUGACGGCACAUGAGUGAAGAAGAGCCUCGAGCCAGUCCCACUGUUAGUGCUCUGUGUCUUUCACUGGGUGUUUGUCUCUUUCACAGUCUGUUUCGGCGUUUAAAGUCCACUUGGAUUAUCUUGAAGCUCAAGGAAACGUCCAUAUCUUUCUCUUCGAGGAAUUUGUAUAUGAUUCAGGUUCGUUUGGUCCUCUCUACAGCACGGUGAAAGAGGCUGCUUGCUUGCUUGCCUGCGAGUGAGUGAGUGAGCGAGCGAGUGGGUGUGUGUGAGUCGUUGGGUGAAUAUGUUUGUGUAAAGGCCCUUAAGACCCUGGUUGGAGAGUGUGUGUCCCAUGAGACACUCGGCAGAGAUGCAGGGAGCUCGAUCCCCUGCGGUGCUGCUCCUGCUGCUGAGCUGCUGUGUGUGUGCGGCAGCUGGCUACCCGUUCAGAACACCCCUGGAUCUGGAUGUGACUCCACGCGUCACCGUGUUGAGCAGCGCUCUCCAGGGCUGCAGUCGUUUCCAGUCCUCUGCAGUCAACUACAGCACCAUGUUGCUGGAGGAAGACAGUGAGCGUCUCUACGUCGGCGCACGGGGGGCUGUGUUCGCUCUCAAUGCCUCUGACAUUUCAGCCAGCUCUGCUCUCACCAUCGAGUGGGAAGCCUCUCCCGAGCAAAAACGUCAGUGUCUUCUCAAGGGAAAAGACAACAAGACGGAGUGUUUUAAUCAUAUCCGCUUCCUCCAGAGGUUCAACUCGACUCAUCUCUACAUGUGUGGGACUCAUGCCUUCAGACCCCUCUGUGCAUACAUAGAUGAGGAGAGGUUUGUGAUGUCAUCUCAGCCUGAAGAGGGCAGAGACAAAUGUCCGUACGGCCCGACAACAGGCUACACUGCCCUCAUCAUCGACCAGCAGAUGUAUACAGCUUCUCAGUACGAGUUUAGGAGCUUUCCAGAUAUCCGCCGCAACUCUCCGUCCCCCACACUGAAGACGGAAGAUGCCCCCACACGCUGGCUGAAUGAGGCAGACUUUGUGGGCUCGGCUCUGGUGAGGGAGAGUUUAGGCAACAGCGCCGGAGAUGAUGAUAAGAUCUACUACUUCUUCACGGAGAAGAGCCAGGAGCAGACGACAACCUACAGCCACAGCAGGGUGGCACGAGUAGCUCGUGUUUGUAAGGGAGACCGGGGAGGCCGUUUAACUCUCCAGAAACGGUGGACGUCCUUCCUCAAGGCCAGGCUGACAUGUUCCCUGCCCGAAUAUGACUUCCACUUCAACAUGCUGCGCAGCGUGUUUGUCAUGCCUGGCCUCACCCCGCAGGACACGCUCUUCUACGGCAUCUUCGGUCUGGAGUGGAAAAACGUGAAGGCGUCUGCGGUGUGUCGGUUUUCUCUGUCUGAAGUCCAAGAGGCCUUUCAAGGACCCUACAUGGAGAACCAGGACUCUGGCUCUAAGUGGAAGGAAUACACUGGAAAGAUCCCUGUCCCACGACCUGGAACGUGUAUAACUGACGCUCUGCGGGCCAGGGACAUAAACGUCUCCACCUCCUUACCCGAUGAUGUGCUGAACUUUGUCAGGAGGCAUCCUCUGAUGUCUCAUCAGGUGCAACCUUCAGACAGGCGCCCCCUUUUGUUCAGACGGACUACAGACUACACACAAAUGGCCGUACACAUGAUCCAAGCCUUAGAUGGACAAACAUACCAUGUAUUGUACAUGGGCACCGAUGAAGGCUGGUUACAUAAAGCUGUAGAAAUUGAGGGUCAGCUUCACAUCAUCGAGGAGCUUCAACUGUUUGAGAAAGCACAACCUGUGAACAACCUGCUGCUAUCUGCAAAACUGAUGAGUGUGUACGUGGGCUCUCCAUCAGGCGUGGUGCAGCUUCCACUCUCGAACUGUCGAAGAUACACCUCCUGCUACGACUGCGUGUUUGCCAGGGAUCCUCACUGUGCCUGGAACGGAGCCCAGUGCGUGGACAUAAUGGCACAAGCAAACAGAUCCUCUUUAAUCCAGGACAUCCAGCAGGGCAACAGAGGAUGUAAAAACACACAAGAUGACGUUGUCGUGCGGAGCCGCUCUGUGCGUGUGGGUGACGAUGUGCUGCUGCAGUGUGAGCUCAGCUCCAACCUGGCGACGCCCCUCUGGACUCUGGAUGGCGGCGAGCUGCAGGGCUACGGCCUCAACUCUGGUUUUAGAACCGGCACCGACGGCCUGCUGAUCAUCGAGGCCCGGCAGGACCAGAGCGGGCUGUACACCUGCUACGCUGUGGAGAACAGUAUCAAGGUCGCCAUAGUUGACUACAACGUCACCAUCCGCCUGGACCUGCCCCCUCCCCCACCUGUUGAGCCAACUGCAGACACUUACAGUUUCUUCGCCACCCUGCCAGAACCCACUGAGCAUCCCUCCUCAGAGAGGCCCCUACCACCCCUGGCCCCUCUCCUCCCCCACUCGGAGCUGCUCUCCCCCCGGAACAUGGAGGCCAUAUAUCUGUCCCUCAUCACCAUCCUCGGAGGCCUGUGUGUGGUCCUCACUGUGGUCCUCAUCUAUGUGGGCUUCUGCCUGCGUGUGGGCAACAGAGGGAAGUACUCAUUACGAGCCGCUGCUUCUGCCUACCCGAACAAUAAGAAGUGCAACAGGAACAGGAAACGGCACAGAAACUCCUCCCACAUGGAGCUGAAUACCAUCUCCAGCCACUGUAACGGCAUCGGCCUUUGUAAUGGAGUUUCAAAACAGCGCAACGGUGACGUCCAAGACGGAGGCUUCCUCCAGAUCGUCCCUGGUGGGGGUCACCCAUCACCCAAUAAGGAGCCUCCUCCCCCGGCUCCUCCCCUCCCACCAACCCCGCAACAUGCCUCUCCAGAGUGUGACUUUCCCAAUGGCCUGUCUGCCACACUGCCCAGCGUCCUGAGGAGGAUGAAUGGAAACAGCUACGUACUGCUUAGGCAGAGCGAGUGUGAAAACACGUCACCACUCUGCUACUCCUUCGCCGAGGAGCUCAACAGGAUGUUAGAGAAGAGGAAACACACUCAGCUGCUGCCCAGGCCGGACGAGAGCUCUGUGUAGAGAGAUGAGAUGUAGCUCCCCCUGUGGCGGGAGGACUGUUGUGUUCUUACCUGGUGCUGAAGUGCCUGUCAUAUGACUCAUUAUUGUUGAGGACUAAUGCAAUGAGUCUUAACUACAUUCUUUACUUUGGAUUUUUUUUGUUGUUGUCCAAAAUGAGACAUUUCUUCUUUUUCAACCUGUGAGCUGCUUGUCAACCAUAAUUCCCAAAUUUCCCAACAACUGAAAAUGAGAAAUGCCACUGAAGGACCAAUAAUGAAAUGGAAAGAAAGUGCAAUCUACCUCACCUCUACUGCCCAGGAGGACUUCUGCAGUCAGUCUGUAUUCUGAUCUGAGUAUCAGGGCUGAGAUCUCUGAUCCACAAAGCACAAAGACACACGUGACACACAGAAUCCACCGGGGAGCGGAGCCCCAUGAGAAUAUGAAUACAUGUGAAGACUUCUGUUGUGUGGCGGCCAUAUUUGGCUUGUUUCAAACUGGAGGGCAGCUAGCCAAAGUUUGUUUGCACUGACAAGUGAACAGAUGGCCUAUGCAUUUUUAAAAUGUGACAUGCAAACGUUAUAAAUAUUGAGGGAGAUGGAUGUGGUGAGCGAGGGAAUUUGGUUUGAAAUGUUUUCACUUUUAAUACGGACUUUAUCAAUUGCAAUAACCACCACAAAAUAAUAUACAGUAACUCAUGAUGGCACAUAACACUUUACACCUGCAAUCAUUAAGAAAUGGUGAACUAAUCAUUAUUUAAUAUCACUAUUAACCAUAAUUUGAGUAGUUAUUAACCAAAUUGAAAAUGUCUUAAUUUAUUACAUUGUUUUAUAUGAAUCUUUAAUGACAUAAUGUAGCGUAUUAAUGAAGGACAGUAUUAAUAAUUCAAAUCGUUAUUUAUAUGUGGGGUUAAAAAUGGUAACAAAUUAAAUCAAUAUUGCCACAUUUAACAACUUGUUGGUAAUGACCUGAUAUGCAGGUACAUUUUGAUUUAUUAUUAUUAUUAUUAUUAUUAUUAUUAUUAGAAUAUAUGCAAACACAAAUAAGCAUAACUGUAAUUUGCAGCUGCAUUUGAGGCUCACAGUCCAUCAGACAUGCUUAUAAAUGGUGAAGCCUUAUGUUGGCCUGCAUUAUAAUGUUGCAACUCAUGUCUGCAAACAAGUGGUCAUUAAACAUACAUUUACAUAAACUAUAUGUGUAUGUAAAUGUAUGUUAU